UGCAAUAAAAGCGCGGUGUCUCCUCUCAUAAAAGGGCAUUGCCAAACUUAACCGAUUGUUGUCUCAUCUUAGGCCGGUUGACUCAACAGCUAUCAUGGUUCGCGAAGUGGAAAGUUUGGACGAGUUCAAGGCCAUCCUGAAGGAAGCCGGAGACAACCUGGUGGUGGUUGACUUCACAGCCACGUGGUGUGGCCCCUGUAAACAAAUCGGCCCGAAGUUUGAAGCUCUGUCAAUAAAGCCUGAAUACAAGCACGUCAUUUUCCUGAAGGUGGACGUGGAUGAGGCUGAGGAUGUGAGCGGUUUUUGCAAGAUUAGUUGCAUGCCUACAUUCCACUUUUACAAGAAAGAAAAUAAGGUGGAUGAGUUCUCUGGUGCUAACGCAGAGACGCUGAUACAGAAACUGCAACAACAUGCGUGACCAAUCCACGCACACCCUUCUUUGUAUAAACACAGAAGCUGCUGUUACCCUCUGUCCACAUCUCAGAAAUUCCAGUUUCAUUUUAUGUACAAUAAGCAUCAGGUGUCCUAUUCCAUACAGGUACUAAUUUAUUCCACUCAUCAUGUAUUGGUUAUAGUCCUGUAAGCUCAAUGUGUGUAUCGACUGUCUCAACAACAAGCUGAAAUUUGACUACAUCCUGAUGUGACAACACUUUUUAAAUUGUUUUAUGAAGAAUUGGCUUCUCCUGACCAGCUCCAGAACUUUUCUUUUGUAUUUUGUGUUCAACAAAGUGGAUUUAAUAAAUGAAGAUGACUUACAGAAA